CUCUUUAUGUACCUGCUAAUUGCACAGACACUCGUCCGCGAUCGUGAACUUGAUCGCAAACUUGACUAAAAUCUUAGUAGAGUCGAAAAGCAAUUAUUUUGAAUUGUUAUCCUUGUAUAUAACGCUAGAAGAAAAAAUCUCUCGUUACGUACGAUAGUUUAAACGCGAGCCUAUCAACGUAAUAUACUUUACAAUUUUCAAAUCAAAUUUACAUCUCUUUUUGCGUUAUAUUAUUUUUUUAUGCCAAAUGGUAAUCUUGGGAAUAUUGUCUCGAGGGAGUGGACCUGUGCACCUACACAGAGAGUGAAUAAUAAAGUAACAUUAUGCGUAAUUAAAGAAUUAAAUAAUUACCAUAAUGUAAAUCACAUUACAUUAUUAACACUCUGCAUGCGACUCUUUGGUACUUCUGGGAACUAAAUGAGCAUAUCUAUAGUGCCUUUCAAAAAAUGAUGGAUUAUUUCAAGCGAGGAAAUAAUAUUUAUGAUCGAUAUUAAUAUUCUGCAUAUGUGAUGAAGAAGACAUUUUCUUUUAUAUUUAGAUUUUAUUUUAAUUUCUUUGCUUUUAAAAAUAGUUUAUCAUGAAUAAAAUUACCGGUUAAGAACUAUUCUGAAAAAAAUUAAUUACGAACUUGUAUUCAUAGUAGUAUUUCAACGAAGUUGUACGCUUAGUCACCAACUGAAUUGAUUAAUUCGUAACGUAUUAAAUCGAUAAAACAACUACAAAGAAAACAAAAAUAAAUAUUAGAUAAACAAAAAUAUAUACAUAUAAUUACUGUAUAAAUAGAAAUUAUUGAAUUGAACGACUUCGCGAUUUUAACAAACUGGAUAUUGUAAUAUUAUAUUAAAUUUUUUUAUAGAUAUUUAAAAAUGAUCAUAAAUUCGUCAUAUGGAUCUAUAAGGAUUAGUAUUUUACUUUUAUAAUUGUAAGCAAACACACACGUAUGUGUAUCAUCACGUGUAGAAUAUAUUCUAUUCCAUAUUAAUACGGAGCACAAAGAUAUAUCGUAUGAAUCAGUUGCGUGCGCGUGCUUUUUUCUGCACGCGCGAUUCCGAUAUCUUUGUGAUUAACAGUGAUGCAAGAACUAUAUCCUACGCUUCCUGAUACAAUUUAAUCUCCAGCGAUCGUUCCAUAUUAUUUUGAGAAAAAUACGCUAGUGGAGGACUUUUCUUUCAACGAGGAAAGUUUGGAAGGGAUCUUAACUAAGGACCCGUCGGCGCCUCUCGAGCUAUCACCGCGUCUUCGAUUUUCGUAAAACAAAUGUUAAUGAUUUCCCCCAAUGAGCGCUAUGAGAGAUACGGGCGAUGAGUGCAAACCGGUUCUUGCGUUGUAGUAUUUCGUUGUAUACGUCCGCAUUGGCCAUCAUCAUUGCUUAUAGGGUGGGAUAAAAGUAUAUGAAAUAAUGGGAAAAUAUGAUAUAAUUGUAUUAUUUCUAAAUUUUUACUAACUUAAUUUUUUUUCGUAGCCUAAGGAGAGGAAGCGUGAUAAGGAUCGAGAGAGGAUUAACUGUAGAAACUGACGAAAUGUUUCUUCCUGCGCUCCGCAUUAUCGAUUAAUAGCUUUUAAAUCUUUCGGCCAUAUACGAAGUAACACCUGGUGCAACUUGAAAUUUUUGUUGCCCGCUUGUACUUUAACUACGUCCGUAGAUCUAUUCUCAGUUUUUCGUAGUUCUGUCGAAAAUGUAAUGGCUCUCCAUUGGACAUUAAACGUUUAAACAGGGAAGCGUCUAAAUUUACGUUGCCGCUGGAUUGGUGUAGCCGGAAGCUACCAUCUGUAGAUCGUAGAUGCUUAUUAAUGGACCUCUUUUUUUUCGAACCGCCCUGUAUACGCCGGCUCGCUGCAGGUAGACCGCUUCUCUAACGCAGUCGGCUCGUUGUCUGGUAGUCUUGUCUCGUUGCUCAUGCGAGUAUACGCGUUCUUCGCGCGCUCUUUCAUCCGUCGUUCAGGAAAAAUGUCCAACAGUGCCUAGCUUUAUCGAAGCGAGAUAGCCGAGAGUCAACCGUAAUCGUUAGUGAUAACAGUGCUAUAUUUGAACCCAGAUGGAUUUUUCGUGUUUCAACGAUUCAUUCAGAAAGAAAGAAAGAAGAAAUCUUUGUGCAAUAAUUUAGCCUCCUCUUGCGUUUAUCCCAUUAUUUUUUCUGAUGAACAAUUAUAUCGCAUACGUCAAUAACUGAUUUGACGUAAAUCUUGUUUCUCAUACUGACGUAUUUGAAUACGUAUUUGAAUGCCCCUUUCUCAAUAUUGAAUAACUCGAAUCGUCGAUCAGCAGAAUAACAUUUGCAAUUGCUUAUUAAAGCAACAAAACGAUAUCGGAUGAUUGUGUGUCCAUACUAGCGGUAGAGUGUACAUAUUAGCACCAAUGUUGUUAAGUAUUUAACUAUACAAAUAUUUUUCUGUACAUAACAGCUUUGAGAUUAACAUUUAUAUUUUUGUGUAUCUAGAUGGUGUACAUUUGAGGUGGAAACUAUAAUCACAAUUUACAUUUUGCCUUCAUCUGCAUAUUUGUUUAGUCAUCAACUAACAUUAUUUUUUUUGUUUAAAAUCAAGACUAAAAAUGAAUAAAACAAUACGGAUAAUAUUUAAAAUAUUGUUAAAAUAUAUUUAACACGUUUAUUUGUUAAUAAUUUAUCAUUCAUACAUCUGUAAUACGUAUUUGCGGACAACAUGCUUUUCGUAAAUAACUAUAUCUCAUGUCAAUCAAGGAUGUUGUAUCCACACGGUAUCUUUCACACCACACAUUGAUUAAAGUUCACACCCUUUUUUAUCACUUUCACUCGAUUGGCUCGGCAGUUCAUUAUAAACACAACUAGACAGUAAUAAGAUUAAAGAGUAAUAAGACAUAUGUUUUAUUAUUAUUUUCAUUGUGGGGCAUAGAAAGAGAGAGAGAGAGAGAGAGCUUAUCAUAUUUCUUUAAAGAGUCAUCGUGUUUUCAUCUUUUUCUCUUUCUCCCUUCCGCCAUUUCUUGUGGCACUUUUGUGAGUAAGCUUCCGCGCGGCGAUAAUCUUGAGAGUCGGUGACGAUAAUUGCUCUGAGUUACAGUAGCCUCAUUAAAUUAGUACAUAAUGAAACGGCAUCUAAGAACAAUCCUGUUCGCCGCGUUUCUCGCGGUUGUCGCUCUCGAAAGCGACCAAGCGGAGGAAGAGCCAGAGAAAUCAUGGAAGGAAACUUUUAUCGUCCCUCAUGUUUAUAUGGAGACAACGACCGACAUCGGUGAUGACGGCUCCGAGAAGCCCCGUGUGUCGCUAUGCUGUCGCGUCGGCACUUUCCUCAGCGGAGACGAUUGCGUGGAGGCCACCAUGAACGGGACGGAAGCGGUGCAGUUGCCGGUGAUCUACGAGACGAACGUCACCGCAAGCGACGAAUACUUCAAUUUUUUAAUAUGGAAUCCAUGUACCGAGAAAUCCAUGACACGAUAUUCUCUGAAUCCGCGUAUGUACAAAGACGAGGAAUGGUAUCUACUCUCCAAUGGCUCCAUACUUCGACCCUUGUCUGAGGAGCCGGAGGAACAUCUCCUUCACUACGACCAAUACUGCAUAGCGCGAGUGAGAAGUUAUGAUUUUCCGGAAUACCUGGUGUUCUUCUGUGAAGAAGUGGAUCCGAGUGAGGGCGACAAUGGAGUAUAUUCCUUCGGGAUGCUCGCAUCCGUCCCGUUCCUGGUCGUCACGUAUGUUGUCUACUGGUUGCUGCCCGACCUGAGGAAUCUGCAUGGCCUGACGUUGCGCGGAUACGUCGGCUGCUUGGCGAUGGCGUACAGCAUGCUGGGGGUGUUGCAGUUGACGCCGCAAGAACGAAUCCCAUAUGGCAUCUGCAUUAUACUCGCCUUCAUCAUGCAUUUCUCGUUUUUGGCAAGCUUCUUCUGGCUAAAUGUGAUGUGCUUCGACAUUUGGUGGACAUUUGGAGGAUUCCGCUCGUUACAAGGAAGCGUGAAGCAACGAGAGAGAAAAAAAUUCGUGAUGUAUUCGAUUUAUGCAUGGGGAAGUGCUUCCCUUCUCAGCAUCUUAUGUGCCAUCAUGGAUUUUGUUCCCAGCGUGCCAAGGGAAUUGAUUCGACCUGAGUUUGGUGCUACGAAAUGUUGGUUCAAGACAAAUGAAGCGAGAGCGUUAUAUUUUUACGGACCUAUGAGUGUCACUGUUAUCUGCAACAUUGGCUUAUUUAUCUCUACAGCAUUAAAAAUUGUGCGUCAUAAAAAAGACACAGCGCAUCAUUUGAGAAGCUCGGAAAGCAGACGCCACGAUGACAAUAAACAAAGGUUCAAUCUGUACUUGAAGUUGUUCAUCGUGAUGGGUAUAAACUGGUCCAUGGAAAUAAUAUCGUGGCUGUUCGAGAAGGCACCGCCGUACGUUUGGUACCUCACCGAUCUGACAAACACUCUGCAAGGUCUCAUCAUUUUCAUUAUAUUCGUAUGGAAGGAGAAGAUCAAGCGGUUGCUGUUAAAGCGAUUCGGUUGUCAGGAUCGCGGUCUGUUUUCUAGAAACUCGACACGCAGCGGUUGUCACAGUACAGCCUCGCGCACUUGCACUACCACAUCAGGAGUGUCCCUCCAGGAGAAGAUCAAUCCCUAUACGCAAACAAAUUGUCGCGCGAAGAGUUCAUCCGACGAAGCUGAUACUUAAUGUAGCAACGCGUGGGAAAGAUUCCAUUAAAUGAAUCGGAAGUCGAUGAUUAACGAGCGGUUAGGUAAUACCGUAAUUUAAUUCUUCAUUCGAGGAUUUUGCAUUGCUUGCGUUGAUCUUUGUUUGGAAUGCCAAAAAUUGGCAGUUUCAAUUUCCAUUUUUAAAAAAUAUACUUAUAAAUUUUUUUAAUCUUUUCAUCUUUGAUUCAAAGAGGAUUAAGGAAAGUAAUCAAAUUAUUCUACAACUGUUGUCGUCUUCAUUAAAGUAAUAAAAGCAUAUUGUAUAUCAUGUACAUUUAUUAUAUCGUAAAUUUUUGUAUAAAUUUUAUUUUAAUUAUGUAGGGAUACGUUAUUAUUAUACGCGAUUGAUAACAUUUUGAUAAAAAGAGUAAUUUUGCUAAUUUUAACUUCAUCUCUAACACAUUGUUCGCACAUAACUAUCUUAUCUCUUCUCCUUUUAUAUUUAUUUUCAUUAUAUUGACACAUUUAGUCUACUUUUUCAUUGCAUACGUAAGUAUUUGAUAUUAAACCAAUUCAAGAAAAAAUAUUUAUAUUAUAAACAUAUGCAUUUUAAACGUGUUUAUGACUAAAUAACUUAAGACAUUUUAUAUCGAAUGGUGCGAUACAAAUACCGACUGUGUCUAAUUGAUCGUACAUUUUAUCACAUACAAUAAUGCGUAAUGAUAAUUUUUAAUAUGAUAAAAAUCCUUGAGAUAUGAACCGAGAUAGACUUUAAAUCGAACAUCUUCGUAUUUAAUUAAAAAUUCCAUUGAUUUAUUAUGAAACGUAUUUGCCGAUAAAAUUUUCCGGAGUUGCAUUUCAUUCGUCGUAUUACAUAUAGAAUAUAACGCUUUACUGCUUUUAUACGGUUACAGAAUAUUCCUGUAUAAGUGCCAUUUUACACUUGUCCAAUAUUUAAUAGUUAUAUCUACAUUUAAUACGCACCUAUAAAAUCAAAAUGUGGAAAGUGGAUAAAAUACAACAUAAACCGAAGAAAAGCACAGUGUUCAUUCAAAGUCUGCAAUCAUUAAGUAAUAAAGGCUUAAUCUGUAUUCAUUAUUAUAUGUAUGUUUGUAAUCGUCUACGUAUACGAUAAUUAGACGAAAAAAUAUAAAAUAAAGUUACGACACGUA